AUGCCAGCGCUGGGUGCGAACAAUGGAGUCGAUAUGUCAGACUGUAAUUAUAAUGACAGUGCGCUAAAGGAACACACCGCAAAUAGGAUCUAUCUCUACAAAUUAUAUCAACAGGGACAUAUAAUCUAUACAAAGCUAACACACAUGAUGAACAGGAAAAUUUCAACCAGAGAUAACCAAGCAGAUGACUUCUCCUCAGAUGAAGAAAGUGAUAUAGAUUUUGAUGAUUCGGUGUCGGUGAACAAUGACAACAAUAACAACUCAGAAAAACAUUGGCAAGAGGACAGACUUCUAUUUAAUGGCAAGGAACAAUUUGUUAAUGACACCAGUGUCGCGGGACCAUCGGGACUGGCAUUGGCGACCCGGGAAUCAUGGACAGGUUCACAGUUUGGCCAUUCUUCCUUGUCGCCAAGACUGUCGUUUCUGAGCUAUCUUCCAGAACAGAGGGAGUUUCUUCCAAAACAAAUGCUAGAUUCUCCACUAAUAUCGGAUGGUUUCCCAUCUAUACGUAAAGGACAUAGGCGGGUAUUCACUAAUACACGUGAAAGGUGGCGUCAACAAAACGUAAAUGGUGCUUUUGCAGAACUGCGUCGUAUUGUACCAACUCAUCCGCCGGAUAAAAAACUUAGCAAAAAUGAGAUUUUAAGACUUGCAAUAAAAUAUAUUAAAUUGCUCAUGAAAAUUUUGGAAUAUCAGGACGGUAAGAGUACUUGUGCAGAAAAUAGGGAGUAUUCAAAUGUAGCACAUCAAAAUAACGAUAAACUUCGGGAUCCUAGGAGUUCGCCAAUUCUGUCGCCAGAUGGCUCUCAUAAUGAAUCUAGUUACUAUGGUGAUACUAGUGCUGAUGAUUCGAAUUGAAGUAAAUGAAUCCGAAUACAGGAUUAUUCUAUUAUAUAGUUUGGUAACCCUGACUUCCACUCGGAAAGCCCGACAAAGCCGAUUUAUGCUUCGGGUGACUGUUGCUUCCUCUCUCAAUAUUCCGAAUUUCUAGUCUCGGGCGUAAGGGAUAGGAUAUCUUUUCCACUUUUCCACAUACAACCGUAAACAAGUACGUUUGCGAACAAAAUGAAGUAUUUAUUAAUAAACUAGAGUUUAUGAGCAAAAUAAUCAUGUAUGAUUUAUUAAAAAUUGGU